AUGUCGAGCGGCGCCGCCCCCCGCCGCUCGUCGUCGGCCGCGACGGCCAAGCGCCCCGCCGUGGCCGCGGCGGAGAGCGCCGGCGUGGGGGCGAAGGCGGCGCAGGCCAACAAGCGGGCCGCGCUCGGCGACGUCUCCAACGUCGCCAAGGGGGGAGCCGGAACGGGAGGGAGGGCCGGCGGCUCCAGGAAGGCCUCGGCCGCACCGGCGGGCACCGCCGCCUCGAAGCUGAAUUCAGCUACCUCUGCUGCACCAGUGAAGAAGGUAUCAUUGGCAAGUGCUUGCAAUGUGGGCUCAGGUCAAGGUUCCGCUGUGAAAUCGGCUACUGCCAAGACAGGUCAAGCUGUAUCUCGCCAUGACAGCACCACGCAAAAGCACUAUGUUCCUCCUGUAGAAGUGUCCACUGGUGUGCGUGAGCUGAAUGUCACGCCUUCCCCUGCACUCUGCAGCAGCAUUAUGUCUCCCCCAUACUCAGAGGACUCAGUUUCCAUUGAUGGGACGGUGUCGACCUGUGACUCAAUGAAAAACCCAGACUAUGAGUACAGUAAUAAUGGGGACUCCUCCAUGCUCACAUCAUUGGAGGGACAAGCAAAUGAGCACCUAUGUAUCUUGGAGGAUAGAGAUGAAACUAAGUGGAAGAAAAAUGCCCCUGAUCCAAUGGAAAUAGACCGUGUUUGUUCUGUUGACAAUAACGAGGACGAUUCGCGGUUCUAUCCUGCUCUUGCUUCUGACAUCUACAUGCUCUUGCGUGAGGCUGAGCAGAGUAAGGAAAGGCCAUCAACUGAUUUUAUGGAAACAAUUCAAAAUGAUAUAAACCCAAGCAUGAGGGCUAUUUUGGUAGAUUGGCUUGUGGAAGUUGCUGAAGAAUAUCGUCUUGUUCCUGAUACUUUAUAUCUGACAGUUAACUACAUUGACCGAUAUCUUUCUGGCAACAAAAUCAGCCGCCAGAGGCUCCAACUACUUGGUGUCGCAUGCAUGCUUAUAGCAGCAAAACACGAAGAGAUAUGUGCACCCCAAGUAGAAGAAUUUUGCUACAUAACUGACAACACAUAUUUCAGAGAUGAGGUUUUAGAAAUGGAAGCUUCUGUCCUGAAUUGCCUGAAAUUUCAAAUGAGUGCACCUACAGCAAAGUGUUUUUUGAGGAGAUUUCUUCGUGCUGCACAAGCAUGUGAUGAGGAUCCAGCCUAUAUUGAGGUUCUGGCAAAUUACAUCACUGAGUUAUCAUUGCUGGAGUACAAUCUACUUUGUUACCCUCCUUCACAAAUGGCAGCCUCAGCUAUCUUCUUGGCAAAAUAUAUACUAUAUCCAACCAGGCAUCCUUGGAAUCAAGCACUUGCUCUCUACGCACGGUACAAGCCGUCAGAAUUGUGCGAGAGUGUAAAGGCGCUGUGCCACCUUUUCAGUACUGCUCCUUUGAAUAACCUUCCUGCAGUCAGAGAAAAGUACGGGCAACACAAGUACAAAUUUGUCGCAAAGAUGCAAUGUCCAGCAUCGAUCCCUACUGGGUUCUUCGAAGACGCAACGUGCUAGAGGAAAAAAGAAGCCCAGGAGAAGCUAGAGUUGCUUGCUGAAUUCUUCCUCAGAUGGCUCAAAUGCCAAGUUGCGGGGCGGAUAUGCACAGGGGUGCUGGUUGAUGAGGGAGUGACGCUCCCCUGUCAAUUCAGGUGAUUAGAGAGUGUAGAUUUGAGGCUGAUGUUUAUGACAGCGGUGUGCUGUUUUUUCCUUUGUGAGAGGACUUAGCUCUCACUGAUCGGAGAUAAUUGUAGCAAAGUGCAACAUCUCGUUUGUAAUGUUCAGUAGACUUGAGGCGCCAUUGUGCCAGGUUGGGUGCCACAGGACUGCUUGUCUCAUAAUAAUAAUAGUAAUAUCAUAAG